UAGCCAAUAAUCUUUUUUCUUAAUCACUUCGGCAUAAUGCCCAAACGGAAUAGCCAUGAACGUCUGAGCAAGCGGCUCCAAAAGUAUCUGACCCGCCUCAACGAACUUAAGUUCGAGGUGGACAAGCGUCAGUGCUUGUCUGGACGAGAUGUUGUGCCGCCUAAGAAAAAAGUGCUCCCAGAAUGCAUCGUUCGAUUUUGUGAGCUGGACUUCGAAGGACGUCAAUUGGUGGAAGCGGCAUUAAUAGCUCGCCUGAAGGCCUAUGCACCCUACAGCAAGUUCAAGGUGGGCGCCGCCUUUCGCUCCAAGGCUGGCGACAUAUUUACCGGCUGCAAUAUAGAGAAUGUAGCCUUCACACCCAGCUGUUGUGCGGAGCGCACGGCCUUGGUUAAGGCCGUCAGUGAGGAGCACACAACGUUUACGGGUGGCGCUGUCGUUGCCUACCAUCCCGAUGCCUUCAUCACGCCCUGCGGCGUGUGCCGUCAGUUUAUAUUGGAGUUCGCGAAAAAGGACAUACCGAUAUAUGUUGCCAGUGCACCCGAGCAUGAUGAUGCGCUACCCAUGAUUGAGGACGAGCACAAGGUACUAAUCACAUCCAUAUAUAAUUUAAUGCCAAGGUCCUUCUCAUCCUUUGAGUAAAUGAAAUCAUCUAAAUAAAGCCGAAGCGAGAAAAAACUA